CUCAAACGAAACAUGAGGUUGUUGUUACUUGUUAGGUAAAAGAAUACCACUUCAGCCAACCAUUUCUCCCCAUGUAUUUACUGGAGUGUACUAUAUACUAUUUUAAUUACUUUAUUCAUAUAUAGUUUCAUUCUUAUUUUUCUAAAAGAACAUUGAAAAAGCUACAUGUUCUUGCAAUGGCAACUUUUGCAGCCUCAGCUUUUGCAUCAAGAAGCUCACAUGUCAACUAUGAAGUAUCUUCAAUGUCAGAUUCCAAAUCAAGUUCAGAGAAAGUUUGGUUAAUGAAGCAGAAAAUAACCCACUACGGUUUAAGGGUAUUGACCAAAGUGGAUGAACUGAGUAGUCUCAACACCAAACUAAAACUAAGUGCUGCAACUAGAAGAAGAGAUGGGAGGCUUCUUUCACCCAAAAUCUUCUGCGGUAGUGGUAUGAAUUUAGUGUUUGUGGGAACUGAAGUGGGCCCUUGGAGCAAAACAGGUGGACUUGGAGAUGUUCUUGGGGGUCUUCCACCAGCUAUGGCGGCUAAUGGGCAUCGCGUUAUGACAAUUUCUCCACGUUAUGACCAGUACAAAGAUGCUUGGGACACAGAAGUUAAAGUUGAGAUUAAAGUGGGAGAAAGAACAGAGAAAGUUGGUUUCUUCCACUGCUACAAACGAGGAGUUGAUCGUGUUUUUGUGGACCAUCCAGUGUUUCUCGAAAAGGUUUGGGGGAAAACUGCUUCCAAAAUUUAUGGUCCUAUUGCUGGAGAGGAUUACCAAGAUAAUCAACUUCGGUUUAGCCUUCUAUGCCAGGCAGCUUUAGAAGUUCCAAGGAUUCUGAAUUUCACCAGCAGCAAAUAUUACUCUGGGCCAUAUGGUGAAGAUGUUGUCUUCAUAGCUAAUGAUUGGCACACUGCACUUAUACCCUGCUACCUAAAAGCCAUUUAUAAAGCCAAAGGCUUAUACAAGAGUGCCAAAGUAGCUUUUUGCAUCCACAAUAUUGCUUACCAAGGCAGAUUUGCAUUCACAGACUUCAGUCUCCUCAAUCUCCCAGAUACUUUUAAAAGCUCUUUUGAUUUCAUUGACGGCUAUGAAAAACCAGUGAAGGGAAGGAAAAUCAAUUGGAUGAAGGCUGGAAUCCUGGAAUCAGAUAAGGUCUUGACUGUUAGCCCAUACUAUGCCAAGGAGCUUGUUUCAGGUGUUGAGAAAGGAGUUGAAUUAGACAAUGUGCUUCGAAAAACAGGGAUCAUGGGGAUUGUGAAUGGCAUGGAUGUCCAAGAAUGGAAUCCUUCAACUGACAAAUAUUUAUCUGUCAAAUAUGAUGCUUCAACUGUCAGGGAAGCAAAGGCCAUACUGAAAGAAGCCCUCCAAGCAGAAGUAGGUUUGCCAGUAGAUAGAAAUAUCCCUGUAAUAGGUUUCAUUGGUAGGCUUGAAGAGCAGAAAGGUUCAGAUAUUCUUAUAGCAGCCAUUCCUUAUUUCAUCAAAGAGAAUGUUCAGAUAAUAGUUCUGGGAACUGGAAAAAAGCCAAUGGAGAAGCAACUCCAAGAGUUGGAGACAUUGUAUCCCAACAAGGCUAGAGGGGUUGCAAAAUUUAAUGUCCCUUUGGCCCAUAUGAUAACAGGCGGAGCUGAUUUCAUCUUAGUUCCUAGCAGAUUUGAGCCUUGUGGUCUUAUUCAGUUGCAUGCUAUGCGCUAUGGAACUGUACCAAUUGUUGCCUCAACUGGGGGGUUAGUGGACACUGUCAAAGAAGGUUUCACCGGAUUUCAGAUGGGCGCCUUCAAUGUAGAGUGUGAUGAAGUUGAUCCAGCAGACGUGCAAUCAGUGGCUAAAAACGUUAUAAGAGCCCUUGCUACAUAUGGAACUUCAACUUUGACCGAGAUGAUAAAGAAUUGCAUGGCUCAAGAUCUAUCAUGGAAGGUAAGAAGAAGAGUAUUUUCUAGUGAAGAUAAACAAAUGAUGAGAACAUUUGGACUUAUAUUAUAUAUAAAUUAUGGCAUGUCACAGGGUCCCGCUAAGAAGUGGGAGGCAAUGCUACUGAGCCUUGGCGUUGAUGGAAGCGAAGAUGGGAUCGAUGGUGAGGAAAUAGCUCCAAUGGCUAAGGAAAACGUAGCAACCCCAUGAGAAUCAAAGCUUUUCCAUUCCACUUGUUUGUUGACUUAAACUAGAUUGACUACAUAAUCAAUAACACAAUCAGCCUUGUUUAUCA